UUCUUUUGUACGCACAUGUCCAGCUAUCUCCGUCAUUGAAAACGCACCCCUCUCUUUCUCUCUUUGACCCAACCCAAACCCGUUGGGAUUUCCAUUUAUUUUAUUUACUAGUAGCAUCCACUAUAUAUUUUCACUAUCUACACAACCACAGACAUAUAAUAAUAUUCUCUGAAUAUCUCAGUCAGUUUCUUUUUCUCACGUUUCUCUCGUCUUUUUGAGGGGAAGAUUGAAGAAAGCGUAUUGGGAACAUAGGAAAUGGCAGAGGAGGGAGCCAGUGAGGUUGCCGGUCCUGUUCGUCGGGUUCUUCUCAUCUCCGCUGGUGCCAGUCACUCUGUUGCUCUUCUCUCUGGAAACAUUGUUUGUUCUUGGGGACGAGGAGAGGAUGGACAGUUAGGCCAUGGGGAUGCUGAAGAUCGACUUUUGCCUAUUCAAUUGAGUGCAUUGGAUGACCAUGAAAUAGUAUCUGUUACUUCUGGAGCUGAUCAUACGAUUGCAUAUUCUCAGUCACGUCUUGAAGUGUAUAGUUGGGGAUGGGGUGACUUUGGGCGGUUGGGCCAUGGCAACUCUAGUGACUUGUUCACUCCUCAGCCAAUCAAAGCAUUAAAUGGUCUAAGAAUAAAGCAAAUUGCUUGUGGGGACAGCCAUUGCUUGGCAGUGACUAUGGAAGGCGAGGUGCAGAGUUGGGGACGGAACCAAAAUGGUCAACUUGGUCUAGGCACCACAGAGGACUCUCUUGUCCCGCAGAAAAUUCAAGCAUUUCAGGGAGUCUCUAUCAAAAUGGUUGCUGCUGGCGCUGAACAUACUGCAGCUGUUGCAGAAGAUGGGGAGCUAUAUGGAUGGGGCUGGGGCCGUUAUGGAAACUUGGGCUUAGGUGACAGAAAUGAUCGCUUGGUUCCUGAGAAUGUUUCUGCUGUUAAUGGUGAGAAGAUGGUUAUGGUAGCUUGUGGAUGGCGACAUACAAUAUCUGUUUCGUCUUCUGGUGCAUUAUACACUUAUGGAUGGAGCAAAUAUGGUCAACUAGGACAUGGGGAUUUUGAAGAUCACCUUGUUCCCCACAAGCUAGAGGCCUUGUGUGACAAUCAUAUCUCUCAGAUAUCAGGUGGUUGGAGGCAUACUAUGGCACUUACAUCUGAUGGAAAACUUUACGGCUGGGGUUGGAAUAAGUUUGGACAGGUUGGCGUUGGCGACAAUGUUGAUCAUUGCUCUCCUGUACAAGUUAAAUUUCCUCAUGAGCAGAAAGCAAUUCAAAUCUCUUGCGGAUGGAGGCACACACUUGCUGUUUCUGAAAGACAAAAUGUAUUUUCUUGGGGAAGAGGUACCAAUGGACAGCUUGGGCAUGGGGAGACAGUUGACUGGAACAUUCCGAAGAUCAUAGAGGCUUUGAGUGUUGAUGGAUCUAGUGGGCAACAGAUAGAAUCCUCCAAAUUUGAUCCAUCAUCAGGCAAAACCUGGGUCUCACCAUCAGAGCGAUAUGCAGUUGUUCCUGGUGAAAAUCUCCAAGGGCAAACUUCAGUUCCAGUCCGGGGUAAUGGGAGUGAUGCAAGUGUCCCUGAAAGUGACGUCAAACGGGUACGAGUUUAAUAUUCUAGAUAUCCAUGGCACGGUAGAUUUGCUGGUCUUGCUGGCUUCUGAACCACCAAGCAUCAUUUGUUGAAACAAGCAGCGCCAUAAGUGAGUGAGAUGUUGAUGCCCUCAUCAUCCACAACUGUAAAUUCUUAUAGUUUCUCGGUGUUAUGUUGUUCUAUGCAUGGAGUCGAAUAAAGCUAACACUACUCAUUUUGUUACAAGUUUUUGUUUGAAUGCUAGUGCUAGUGUUGUUUUGUUUCCAUGGCUAUGGAAAAAGCAUUCAAUAAUGCUCUGUAACAGCUUCUCUUGGGAUU